GUGCCUUAGUGCGUGCUGUGCAACUGAAUGAAUUGAAUUGAUUUAGUUGGACUAAGUCGAACCGAGUGAUCGACGAUAGAAGAAUUGCAUUGUUGUGACGAGUUGCAUUGCGAUCAGUCAAAAUAGGUCGACUUGUGUUACAUGAAUAGUGGAAUUGUCCGCUAGUAUUUCAGUAGUAUGUAAGCGUUAUUCUCAUGAUUUCAUGUUUUACGUCCACUUUCUAUCUCGUCUGUGUUUUGUGUGUUGUGAGUGCUGGUUAUAAAAGGAAAAAGAUAUUUUACGAAAGCUUGGUGCAAUAACUCAACGUAAUAGCUAGCAACUGUACGCGGCGUGGCUCUGCUCUGCAUAAAGAGUUUUCAUUGUGCGGAAGAUAUGAAAAAUGCUGUGUGGACCACGUACUACCAUAAGAGCUCGACAGACAAUAUAUAAUCCACAACAUAUAUGUAUUCCAAAAGGAGAAGACAGUUGGUAUAAUGACGAAUUAAAGAAUUAUUUCGAAAUUUGAAACUAAGGAUCAGGACGAGAUGGAUCAGAUCGGCAAGAAGCAACCGUCCAAUUCUCCAGAAAUGGCGUUGGCCAGCGAAGUGUUCGAUCAGUUUUGCAAUGCCACAACAUUAAAAUCUAUCGUCGGUUAUUAUAGACAACUAUGUGAAUUGCUGAGAAUUCGACCAAAUGUCAUUAAUCAAUUUUAUCCAAAACUGAAAACGAAGUUGCGAUCGUGGAAGGCGCAAGCUUUAUGGAAGAAAUUCGAUCAGCGAGCCAAUCACAAAUGUUAUAAUCGCGGCAAAACAUGCCAAAAUACAAGAGUUUUGAUUAUCGGCGGAGGUCCGUGUGGCUUGCGUACGGCAAUAGAAGCGCAAUUGUUGGGAGCCAAAGUCGUUGUGGUGGAGAAGAGGGACCGGAUGUCCAGAAACAACGUUUUGCAUCUGUGGCCUUUCGUUAUCCAGGAUUUACGAGGUUUAGGAGCGAAGAAAUUUUUUGGGAAGUUUUGCGCAGGUUCCAUUGAUCACAUCAGUAUUCGACAAUUGCAAUGCAUUUUGUUAAAAGUUGCUCUAAUUCUCGGUGUCGAGUUUCACGAAAGUGUAAGCUUCGAUUCUUUGAUUCUGCCACCGGAUAGUCAAGAGGAUGGUAAGAUUGGUUGGAGGGCAAAGACGUCUCCAAUAGACCAUCCUGUUUCUCAAUACGAAUUUGAUGUAUUAAUCGGAGCUGAUGGCAAGAGAAAUACCCUAGAGGGUUUUAAACGAAAAGAAUUUCGAGGAAAACUGGCCAUUGCGAUUACGGCAAAUUUUAUAAAUAAACGAACCGAAGCAGAGGCUCGCGUAGAAGAGAUUAGUGGUGUGGCCUUUAUUUUUAAUCAAAAAUUCUUCAAGGAAUUGUACCAAGAAACGGGUAUCGACUUGGAAAACAUCGUGUAUUAUAAAGACGACACACAUUAUUUUGUUAUGACUGCUAAGAAGCAUAGUUUAAUUGACAAAGGGGUUAUUCUGCAGGAUCAUGCCGAUACUGCAAAACUACUUGCGAAAGAGAAUGUGGACCGUGAAGCGCUGAUGUUGUAUGCGCGAGAAGCGGCGGAGUUUUCGACAGAAUAUCAGAUGAUGGACAUGGAGUUUGCAGUAAAUCAUUACGGCCAACCGGAUGUGGCUAUGUUUGAUUUUACUUCGAUGUAUGCAGCGGAAAAUGCAAGUCGCGUAUUGGAGCGUCAUGGUCAUAAAUUACUCAUGAUGCUUGUAGGAGAUAGUCUCCUUGAACCAUUUUGGCCUACUGGCUCUGGUUGCGCAAGAGGAUUUCUAAGUUCCUUGGAUGCGGGCUGGGCAAUCAAAGGUUGGGGAAGUUCGCUAUUACCAUUAGAAGUAAUCGCCGAACGCGAAUCAAUAUAUAGAUUACUGGGACAGACGACACCGGAAAAUUUGAAUAGAGAUUAUGCCGCGUACACACUGGAUCCUCAUACUAGGUAUCCAAAUCUUAACGUACGUUCUGUAACCCCGAUACAAGUGUGCAGUCUUCUCGACACAGAUGAUCCUGAGAGCGUCAAACAACCUGCGAUACCACCCGAAAUAGAUAUUCCAAAGAAACGAAGACGUCGUGACCUGAGAACUGAUGUUCAAGUUCAUCCGGACACGUUACUUCGCUGGCUACAGAAACAAGUUGCACUGUACGAUAAAGUUCACAUCGAAGAUAUGGGUGCCUCUUUCAAAGACGGUUUAGCUAUUUGUGCGAUUAUUCAUAGAUACCGUCCAGACCUAAUAGAUUUUUACAGUUUAAAUGCGGAAGAUGUAGUGAAGAAUAAUCAACUUGCCUUUGACACGCUGGAAAAGGAAUUGAAUAUCUCAUCUAUAAUGACUGGAACAGAAAUGGCCCAAUGCGAUGUUCCUGAUAAACUUGUCAUGUUUUCUUAUUUAACACAAAUAUAUCAAGCUUUCAAAGGCGAAAUUCCAUAUGUCAAACAUGCGAAAUUGGAACUAGAAACAGAGGAAUGCACUGCACGUCCAAAGCAAUUAAAACAACUGACAUCUGAGGAAAAGAUAACAAGAGCGCGACACUCCCGCUCGCGAUACGUUAAUGAAAAUUUACAAACUUACUCGGAUAAGAAGGACAAUACAGCUAGUCGCCGAUGUCGAAAAAGGCGUAGCACCGAGAAAGUGGGCGCAACAAUUGAGGAAAGGCAGAAAUGUCUUGAUGAGAUUGAAAAACGUCGAACCGAGCGUAUGAAGAGACGACAAUACUUGCGCAAGUUGGCAACUCAGCAAUUCUAUAAAAGCAUGCAGAUAUUGCAAGGCAAUGCAAAGUGUGAGAAAAAUGAAGCUUUUGAAGAUUAUUCGAUUUUCUUAUAUCGUCAAACUGCACCAAAUUUCAAGGACAGAGUAAAAGAUUUAGAGCAGAAAAUUCUUUAUCCAGACAGAGAAACUAAGAUGCACAUUGCUUAUCGAAGAUGUAGUGUUGAUGAAGAAUUUUCGGGAAGAAUAAAAAAUUUCGAGGAUAAACUAAAAGGAACGGCAUCCAGUGAAAAGAAACCCAAAGAUCUUUUACGUGCCAUUGGUAAGAUCGAAAAAACGGAUUGGAACGUAAAGGAAAUCGAAAAGAAAAUUGAAGAGAAUAAAAUGAGCCGCGGUAUUCGUCAUAAUCAUGUAGAGAGAGUGCCGAAGUGGAGUCGCGAGCAGUUUUUAGCUCGGCAGAUUAAGAUAGAAAAGCGGGGCAAUGAUCAAAGAGACACAUAUAGUAAGUACGCUGAUAUAGAUAAUACUCUGAAAAGUAUAGGCAAGAAGAUUCGAGAGGGUAGUACGAUCGGAUACAAUAAAGUUGCAGUCAUGGCUGAACAAUUUUCAAGUAAAAGUCAGGAUACGGAGCCUACGCUGCAAAAAUCGAAUACUAAGCCCGCCAUUGUAUUACCAGUACAAGGAAGUUCAGAGAUGUGCCACUUUUGCAAUAAACGAGUUUAUUUAAUGGAAAGACUUAGCGCGGAAGGUAAAUUUUUCCACCGCGGUUGUUUCCGAUGUGAAUAUUGUUCCAUCUCGUUAAGAAUAGGAAAUCAUACGUUUGAUCGAGAGAAAAAUGGAGGACGUUUUUACUGCACACAACACUUUGGAUUAUCAGGGACACUAAAAACUAGAAUAGAUAAAAAGAAGAACAGCUUAGUGAACAAAGAAAAUGUACCUAAUACCAUGAUUGCAUUGGAUACAUCAGAUAAGGUUAAAUUGCCAUUGGAAGGUAUUGUUGGACUUGAUCUGUUGGACCGUGGUCAAACUCCUGAGAGAAUUGAAUUCGAAAAUCUAGCAGAGAUAUCAGAUCCUGAGGAAGCUCACAGCCAAAUGGACGAAGAUGAGUGGACAGAUAAAAAUUUUGGUGCUUCUACUACGGAAAUGGGAUCCAGUGAUGACAAUUUUGAUAUGAGUGAUUCUGAUGAGGACAAUGAGAUAUUCGAGGAAGCUAUAGAUCAACCGUUAACAACCGAGGGAACUCUUCAGUUAGCUAAGAAUUGGACUCUGCGCUAUUCUCAUCCACAUGCAAUAGGACACUCUGACACCGGCAGUAAUGAAUAUGAAGAUUCCAGUGAUGAAUAUACUAGUGAAGACGAUGAAAGCGGUACUGCAACCGAAGAUGAGGAAGAUGUUCGCGCGCGAGAGAUUCGGAAACAGGAAGUGUGGUUGAAAGUGCCACAAUGCAAUUCUGAUACUGACACCGGUUCGGAAACAGAGGUCGCAUCAUCGGAGAAUGCAUCGACAAAUAAAAGUGUGGAAGACUCUGCAACAGAAAUUUCGACAGAUUCCGAAUUCGAGCAUGACGAGACAACUCCAACGCAGCACGAAAUUCCUGAGAUUACUAUCAAUGACUCUUACGUGCGGAAAACAAGAGGCACUUAUGUCGAACCUAAAAAAGUGCAGGUGAAAAGCAAAAUGAUAUCUUCGAUUAAUAGCAAUUUGAGGCAGGACGAGAAACAGCAAAAUGUCAGCGAGCAGUUUUUAAAAAGUGAUCGACUUAAGGGCAAAGAAACGAACUGCACCAUACCGACUCCUACGAAUACUUGCACGCCGUUACUAAAUCCGCGAAAAGGAGAUUAUCUUCUAAAUCGCACUCAUUCAACUGGAGGAAUUGCUUCGAGACUCUCUUUGGAGUUGAAGAAACGAUAUUUACUGGGCGGAUCAGCUUUGAGUGGUUCUGUUGUAAAAUCAGGUUCGACGUCCAAUGUGGAUACGAAGCUAAGAAAUUUUACCGACGCAAUCUCCCAACACCAGAAGUUACUUAAUCCAGCGCCAGAACCCAGUCCUACUAUGCAAGCAUUUUUACAAGGUACUAGCAAGCUGCGAAUCAGCAAUGCGCCACUAUCUCCAUUGUCGCCUACAAUUUUAUUUUCGCGACAAUUGUCAGUCGACCACUAUUGUAAUUCAUCAAAUGAUGUCGCAUACAAAUCAACUACUCUGACUGAAGCACCCAAAGCGCAACAGUUGCCUGACUUAGUGAAAGAAUCCAAUAUUCUGAAAUCGAAAACAGCACCUAAUAUUUGUAAUAAAUCCUCAAUAAAAGACAAAGAACUAGUUAAUAAACAAAUAUUUGUACAUCAAAGUAAUAACUUAACGAAAGAUGCCUUAGAGGAUAUGAAAGGCUCGCAAAAUGUGGAGAACAUUUUUUCCAAUAAUUUGGAAGAGAAUAAUGGUUUUAGACCACGUAGCCCUCUUCACGAGACGUCAAUUAUCGUCCCGCAGGUAGACUGGAGCAUGAAGAACAAAGAUAAAGAUGCCAGUUCGGACGAUUCCGAGAUAGACAGCGAUUCAUUAUCAUCUUCAGAUUUCAAUGAGGUGGCUAGAAAUGAGCAGCUAGUCGCUGUAAAUCUUUCACCACCUAGAUUACAAAUUCAUAGUAUCGAUGGUGAUCUUUUAUUAGACGAAGGAACUAACCGAUACAAGCGUUACGAUCUGAAUGAUAGCCAAGCCUUUGAGCCAGACUCUAUCGAGGUUUCUUUCUUACGAGAUCAUCAAUUGCUUGAUCGGUGUGAACCAACUGUCGAUUCAAUUAAUAACGCGCACACUGUUGAAGCGAUAAAUAACAAUAUCGAACAAUUAGACUUGCGAGACAACAACAAAACAAGUAACUAUAGCAGUCCUAUUUCUGAGACUUCGCCGAUAUCCAAUAAGCAAGAUGAUUCCGAAGAAAACGACGUUACUACUGCAGCGUUUACCGAGACAGAAUUUUCCGAAUGGGCUCGCGAUGGAGAAGUUUUAGUCUCUGAUGACUUCCACGAUGUAGAACUCGAUAUCGACCCUAGCUUUAUUACUACACGGAAGAACAAUGCAAUGUUAUCUUCCAGAUCUAUCAGAAUUGCUAACGAAGAUAAUACAAAACUCGACAAUUUCAAGGUUGACCGGGUAAUUAAUCAGGAAUACUCGAAUAACAGUACAUCGAAAUUGUUAGCCAACAGCGACGACAUUAAUUACAUGGACACGGAUAAUGAAUCGCUUUUGGAUGACAGUCUCCAAGAUGCUUCUAAUGCUAUCAAGUGGAGAAAUCGGGGUUACAUCCAGUUUGUAAAUGUCAAAACGACUCUUUCUGAUAUCCCCAUUUCGACCAAUACGUGCAAUUUACCAGUCGCCGAUGCACCGAUAGCGAGGUUGGAUCUGGAAAACGAUUCCUCGUACAGCGAGGAAGAAAAGGAAGGUUUCAAGGACUCUAAUGUGAUCGAAAUUAAUCCCGUUACCAUGGAAGAUGUAAUGGACAAACUAAACGAAUCCGUGAAUAAAUUAUCAACAAAAUUGGAAAUUGAAACCGAAAAGCAAAGUGAAGAAGAACGCAAAGAGGAUGUAAAGCAAGAACAAUUGAUAGAAGCCUUCAACAAAGAAUUGCUUCAAUCAAUAGAUGAAGACAGUCUAUUAGUGAUGGAGCCAGCGGAGGAUACAACUACCAGUGAGGUUGUUACAGUCCUUGCCAGUCCAGUUAAUCCACAGAUACCCGUAAUUCCUAUAGAAAUGUCAGAGAAACACGAGAAAUCGUCCAAAGCAGACCCCAGUAACUCAAACUACUUAGAAUAUGUAAAAAAGCUACAGUCCAGAAUCGCUGAGUUUAAUAAUACGAAGGAUGCUAUUGACGUGAAAAAAUCAAAACGAAAGAAUUCGAAAAGUAUGCUGCAAGCGCACACUGCAGAAAUGAUUGCCGAAGAAAUUAAGUGCCAAGAAACAACGACUCUGAAUGGUAACAGUAUAAAUUCACCGAUGACCUCCAGGAAACUCGAGGAGCUCACUAGAGAACGAUCGAAGCAGAAGGAUCUUAUUCAAGAUCUCCUGAUGGAUAAGCUUGAGGCUCACAAGCAGAAAUCAGCCGAGAAGAAAGCUCGGAGAGCUGCCAGAUCUUCAUCUUUCACCACAGCGCUAUCAUUGAUGAAGCCGGCAUCAUCUAGUACUCCUUUGUCUGCGGUUGGUAACAAAUUUGUUCCUACUUCUAUAAUAUCACCAGUAAACAGUCCCAUUCAUACGACCUUUAGCGAAGCGAAAAAGUCGCUCGAUUCUUCAUUAUUUUUACAUCAUGAAUGUGAUCGAGAAACCAAAGAAAAAGUUUCAAAAAAGACCAAUCAUUCGAAUCAAUUACAGAUGAGUGAAAAGUCGACCACUACUAAUCGAGAAGAUGUUUUCAAGACGCCACUCACGCUUUCAAAAAACGAAGAAACAAGAAGGACUACCGAAAAAGCCAGGCAAGACGCGAGAGAACGAGCUAGAAUGAAAAGUGAUGAGGAUUUAGGUUUAAGCCCCGAAGACAGAAUCAAAGAACUCAGAAUGAAAGUGAUUCGAAGACAACUCUCAAUGGAGAGUGCAAGAAAAGACAAUGCAUUAGAGACCCAACGAACUGGAUUGUACAAUGCGAUGGAUACUUCAGACCUAAAAUUACAAACCAGUAAGAGUACCGACAAUAUGAAAAACAUCGCGAAGAAGAUUAACUUCGAAACACUGUCUGCGACUAAUACAAAAUCGAUGGACGAAUUAUUAAAUACCGCAGGUUUCGCGCUUUUGGAUAACAACGACGUAUUAGUAAAAAGAGAUAAGAAAAAACCAAAGGAUCCAGAAAGAAGAAAAAGUAUUAUACAAGCAGUAUCGGAUUUCUUUUUCAAGAAAGAACCCAGUCUAUCGCCCAAUCAAAAGGACAAGUUGUCAAUGUUUCGAUUGACUCCGAAAUCAAAAGGAAAAUUAUUUAAAUCACAUUCGGAUGGAUCAGAUCUUGACAAAAUUGUCUCGACGAAAUCCAAUGAGAGACCUAAAAGCAUUUGCGAAGGUAUGCUUGCAAGAAACUUUCUUACUGAAAAUCCACCGCCUGUACCACCACCACCGCUUAAUUACUCAAUAUCUACUACUCAAAUGUCAGAUGAUAAUUUGUCAGAUGAUGAUACCAAAGCAACUGCUUUAUCGACAUCGUGUACGCAAAAAGUUACUGCAGCUGAAGAAUCAUGCAAUAGUAUUACACGUAAAUUAAAGACUGUUAAAAAAGUAGCUAGACAAGCACAAUUAAAGAGAUUGCGGAUGGCUCAAGAAAUUCAGAGGAAAUUAGAAGAAACCGAAGUAAAACAGAAAGAAUUAGAAAGUCGGGGUGUAAGUGUCGAGAAAGCACUACGUGGUGAAGGAGAUUUCUCCAACCGUGAAGAAGCUGAUUUGCUCAGGGAAUGGUUCGAUCUUAUGAAGGAACGCACAGAAUUGCGUAGAUACGAAAAAGAGCUUCUAGUGCGCGCACAAGAAGUCCAAUUAGAAGAUCGGCAUGAACGAUUACAGCAAGAACUACGUAACCGCCUGGCUGAUGAUGAUGCUAAGAAGACUAGUGAUGAUGUUAAAAAGGAAGGAGAAAUCUUGACGGAAAUGUUGGAGAUAGUAGCAAAGAGGGAUUCUUUAAUUGUUCUAUUAGAAGAAGAACGACAAAGAUAUCAGGAUGAAGAUCGUGAUCUCGAAGCUCAAAUGCUGGCUAAAGGCCUGAGAUUAACGCCAAUUAAAAAAUGUGAUCCUAAAUAUUCAGUUUAAUAUGGAAAUUAUCCUUCUGUAUAUAUAUUCUUCGCUAUAAUUUUUUAUUACAUGAUAACACCAGAAAAAAUAUAUGUAAGAUUGUAAAAAAAUUUAGGUGAUGUGAUUGGGAGAGAUUAGAAAGUUAAUAUGUAUUGAUGUAUCUAGAACAUUUUUGCUUGUUUUCAAAAUAUAUUUAAUAAUAAACAUAUCUUUUUUACAAAUGUAAUUAAUUGUUUAUUAUCGACGC